CCCCGCCCAUCGCCGCAUCCCAUUGGCCUGUCGCGCUGGUGAAUUUAUUACGCUGUGUUGUUAGUCUGGUACCGGGUUAGUAGUGCAAGUUGAGAAUGAGGAGAGGCUCCGUGGCGCCUCGGCGGAGGAGGAGGGCUGUGCCGGGCGCGGACGCGACUGCCGCUGUCCAUUCACUUCUAGUUGUAAUACAAGGACGCUCAGAAAGACUUUCUCAUCUUGCCAAGUGAUUACUAAUGAUCUUAAGAUUAUAUUUUCGGCGACCAUGAAAAUAAGGUGAAUACAGAAAAAAACACCCUCUUAUACCUGCUGAAUAAGAAGAAAAAAAUAUACAGAAAUGGGACCGUUUCCGAAGGGACGUUACUUUACUAUGGGCAUCUUCCUGUUCCUUUUUUCCUCUACUACACUUACGACAAUUAAAGGAGCUGGCAGUGAAGCACUUCCAGAGUCCCUUCCUUCCGUGGCGGGGACACUCCCUCACUUCGUGCAGGAGCCGGAGGAUGCCUACAUCAUCAAGAGCAACCCCAUCAAGCUACGCUGCCGGGCUGCUCCCGCCCUGCAGAUCUUCUUCAAGUGCAACGGGGAAUGGGUGCACCAAAGCCAGCACGAGUCCCGGGAGCGCGUAGACGAGGGCACGGGUUUGAAGAUCCGAGAGGUGAUGAUCAACGUGUCCCGUCAGCAAGUGGAAGAUUUCCAUGGUCCAGAAGACUACUGGUGCCUUUGUGUAGCUUGGAGCCAUCUGGGCACCUCUAAAAGUCGAAAGGCCACCGUCCGUAUAGCAUACCUGCGGAAGAACUUUGAACAGGAUCCCCAGGGAAGAGAGGUGCCAAUCAAGGGUAUGAUCGUGCUGCACUGCCGCCCCCCUGAGGGGGUGCCAGCCGCAGAGGUAGAGUGGCUGAAGAAUGAGGAGCCGGUGAGUGCCCUCAACGACGACAACAUCGACACACGGGCCGACCACAACCUCAUCAUCAACGAGGCCCGCCUUUCCGACUCCGGAAACUACACCUGCCUGGCCAGCAAUAUCGUGGCCAAGCGCCGGAGCGCCUCAGCCAACGUGGUGGUGUUUGUGAACGGCGGCUGGUCACUGUGGACAGAGUGGUCAACGUGCAGCGUGCCGUGCGGUAGGGGGGUCCAGAAGCGUUCCCGCACAUGCACCAACCCUGCCCCGCUCAACGGGGGUGCCUUCUGUGAGGGCAUGUCCAUGCAGAAGAUCACCUGCAAAGCAGACUGUCCAGUGGACGGUGGUUGGGGGGAGUGGAGUGAGUGGACAGCCUGCAGCCCAGAGUGCGACAGACAGCGUAGCCGGGAGUGUUCGGCUCCGGCACCCAGGCACGGGGGCAAGCUGUGCGAGGGGGCAGGCCAGGCGACGGAGAACUGCACUGGGGGACAGUGCACCCAGAAUCGCAGGUUGCUGCAUGACGUGAAACCUCAAAGUAUGGAGGGCACUAACGACGUAGCGCUUUACUCAGGGCUGGCUGCCGGUGUCAUCGCCGUGUGCAUCCUUGUGGUCGCCGUCACACUGUACAGGAAGAACCAGAGCGAGUAUGGAGUAGAUGUCAUCGACUCUUCAGCGCUCACAGGAGGCUUCCAGUCAUUUAACUUCAAAACCGCCAGACAGGGAAACCCACUUCUGCUCAACUCCUCCAUGCAGCCAGAUCUGACAGUGGGUCGCACCUACAGCAGCCCCAUAUGUUUCCAGGACUUGAUGGAGAAGGAGCUCUUUGACCCCCUACCUGACAUCAAGGUCAAGGUUCAGAGCUCUUUCAUGGUGUCGCUGGGAGUGGCCGAUCGUGCUGAGUACCAUGUCAAAGCGCAUCCUGAGACCUUCCCCCGAGGACUGAACCGAGACUACAGCAGCAUGGAAAGCCAGAAGCCAGGCCUUCUCACCCCGAAUGCCCCAGUGACUCCUACCAAGACACAACUGAGGACCACGGGCGUGUUUGGGCAUCUGGGCGGGCGGCUGGUAGUGCCAAACACAGGAGUCAGCCUACUGGUGCCCCACGGAGCAGCCGCAGAAGACGCCUCUUGGGAAAUGUACAUGAUGGUGAAUACAGAGGAGUCCAGUGCCCAUUCGGAGGAGGGGAAUGAAAUUCUAUUGGGCCCAGAGGUGACAUACGGACCUCCUGGCCUCAGCCUGUCCUGUCCUGUAGCAAUGACAAUAGCCCACUGCGCUGAAGUCAGCGAGGACAACUGGAACAUUCGGCUCAAAAGGAAAACCCAGGAUAACAAGUGGGAGGAAGUGAUGUCAAUGGAGGAUGAAACAACAUUUUGCUACUGCCUGUUGGACUCCCAUAGCUGCCAUCUUCUGCUGGAGCAGCCGGGGUCUUAUGCAUUGGUUGGUGAGCCCCUCACUGAAAGCGCUGUCAAGAAGCUGAAGAUGGCUGUGUUUGGCAGCAUGGGAAGCAGCUCACUGGACUAUAGUUUGCGCGUGUACUGUGUCGAUGAUACGCCGCAUGCCUUUCAGGCGGCAGUUGCUGCAGAAACAGGUAGAGGUGGGCAGCUGCUGGAGGAACCUAAAACACUGCGCUUCAGGGGAAAUGCAUUCAACCUCCAGGUGUCCAUUCAGGAUGUGCCACAGUUCCUGUGGAAUAUCAAGCCCUUCACCACUUGUCAGGAAUUUUCCUUCUCACAUGUAUGGUGCAGCAACCAGCAGCCCUUGCACUGUGCCUUCUCCCUGGAGAGAUACAGCCCCAGCACCACGCAGCUGUCCUGCAAGAUCAGCGUGCGUCAGGUCAAAGGGGACGAGCAGAUCCUCCAGGUUUACACAUUGGUGGCAGAGGCAGAAAAGGAGCAAGUACCGUUCUUCACACAUUCUGACUGCACAGUCACCUCCCAGACUGGCCCCAAAGCUUUCAAAAUCCCUUACUCCAUCCGGCAGAGAAUCUGUGCCACCUUCGACACUGCCAACGCCAAAGGCAAAGACUGGCAGCUCUUAGCCCGGAAGCUCCACAUUGAGAGAAAUCUGUCCUAUUUUGCCAAACAACAGAGCCCUUCUGCAGUUAUUCUGAACCUGUGGGAAGCACAGCACCAGGAUAACAGUGAUCUGGACUCACUAGCCAGUGCACUGGAGGAAAUUGGCAAGAUUCACUCCAAAAGCCCAGUGAAAACCCCAGAGGAACCAAAGUCAGACUUUUCGUAGUAGCAACUGGGAAAGCCAGUACUGGGAAGGCAGACGGAUGACGCGGUCUGCAAACUGCUAACAGAAGACACGCCACCCGCCCUUUCUAGCUGAAUUCAGACUGGGGCCAAAAGAGAAACAUCAUCAUUGAAGAAACCUAAUGCAUUAUCAAUGCGAAUGAAAUGUGAAACAAUUUGAAUUAUUAUCGGAUGAGUUUCACGAAAUUGAACAGAUGUUUGUUUCUUUCCCCGUAUGGGAAAAUAAGGAUUGUACCAACAUGCAGCCGGUGUGUUUCUGCCUUGGCUGGACUUCCUAACCAUGCUCUCGUGUCUCCCUUCAUACAUGUGAAAUAUUUUCUUUUCUGUUCUUUAAUUUUCUUUAGCUUUGUUUGAUUGGGUUUCUGUUUCCUUUUUCACUUUUGCCAUUUCCUUUUGGCGUUUUGCUUUGCCAUAAAUCUUUUCGAACUGAAUCGCUCCUUCCUCCACAGGGGUUCAUUUUCACCAGACAACAUCGAGACACAAGGGUUGCCUUUUAGGAAAAUCUUUAUGCUUUCGAAUGUGACUGACCUGAACAAUCUGAGGUGGGGAUGGAAUGUUUUGGUUUUUUUUGGCUCUCUGUGGCUUGCAAACAACUGUAACCUCUUGUGUGCUGCUGUUGUGGGGCCUUCGCAGAAUCCUCUGUGCUAUUAGGUCCUGUUUGCAUAGCAGUUUAACAUUGCGAAAUCUGUCUGCCAAAGGGGAUCAUUUAAAAUGGCACGAUGGGAACUUUGUCAAAUAAAAUAUGUGACAGCUUUCAUUCUAGCAUAUAAGUUUGUAGAAGGGAGCAUUGUGAUAAUGGUAAUUGGGAAAAUGUUAGCCUUUUUUCAGUAAAGAUUCCAGUUGAGCCUGUAAACAGAAGAUGUUUAUUUCAAUUUGCAGUCUACAUUGUGAUAGCACUAAUCUUUUCCUACCCCAAGAAGUAUGAGGAUGUGAAAAAAUACUCUGUACAAGUCUAUGGCAUUGUGCACUUUUUUGUUUCAUGUUGUCUCAUUUACCCAUUAAUAUCUUAGGACACAUCUGUUGUGUUUUCUAAGGUGUCCCAGACUUUCCCACUUAAAGCUCCCCAUUGAGGUACAAAAUGAGCAGCACAUGUAUCACUUAAAGAAAAGAGCUCGACCUCUGACGUGUCAAAGGCUUGAAUGGCGAACACGGGGCUAGCCAGUGCUGUGGGGAUCAGUAGAAAAGACACAGUCAUUAGGGAUUCGCAGUCACGCUUCCAGGUGUGGCUGUGGCCCUUUGUUACAGAAAGGAAGACUGCCCAGCCAUUUCGCCUGACACUGAAAAGGAAAACCCUCCUGCCACCUGUACGGAAUCAACCUCUGUUUCCCGAACAAUAGAGGAACAACAGGCUAGCUGUCAAAACCGCAAGUAAUUAACAACAGACAAAACUGAAAAGAAUGGUGAUAAAGGUCCAUCCAUAGGGAUACAGCAAGGUACUUUUGCCCCUGUAAACUAAAGUGUUCCUAAUCCAUGUCAAUGGACCAUGCUGUGUAUGCUUCUGAGUGGAAUCGGUAAUAGCUAUUUCCAGUGGUUUAGGGGGAAGGCUUUCAAAAAAGAAAGGGUAAUGAUUAAUCAACAGGUGGUCGCUGUAGUGGUUAUUCACAGUGGAUGUUGCUUUCAAAGCACUAAACAUUUUGAAAGAUUUGGUAUUGUAGAAAACCUUUCAGACUAUUAUUUUUGAAGAUAAGUUGGUGGGAAAGGCUGCUGGACUAUAAUGUAUUGGGUUAUGACUGCUACAAAUAUUGUUCAUAUUGUGACUUAACUUUUAAAGAAUAUAUUAAACUUUGAUAUAUACAGUAUAUAUAUUUUUCUGCAGUUUAUAGGAUUAAAUUACAAGAGUUUUAAUCACAUAAACUGCUCAGGACCUAAAUAGUUUCUGUCAUAUAACCAGGAAUGAAUUUAAUUUAACUUGGUCAUUAUGUGUCCAUUAAGGUCUAGCAAAGACCAUAUAGACUUGAUAUGUUACUAUUCAAAAGCUGCUGUUUUUUUUUUUCCAAGUUACUGAAGUGAUUAAAAACUGUGACUGCCUACAUGUUGAGCACCAUUAAAUGUUUUGCUUAUUUAAACUGCCAGCGAGACGCUAUGUUCUGACCAUCUCCCUUUAAUCAGUCCCCCCACUUAAUCUUCUCUUAAGGCACCAUGAAAUAUUCAGCAGUGAGUCUUGGGUAGGUUUCUGCAUAAUUCCUGUAAAAAUGGAUUGCUGUAUAAAAAAAAAAUUAUUGACAGCUAAAAA